AUGAAAGCUAUAAAACCCGACUCGCCCACCAACUCCAGACAUCGUUCCUACCAGCCGGACUCGCCCACCAACUCCAGACAUAGUUCCUACCAGCCCGACUCGCCCACCAACUCCAGACAUCGUUCCUACCAGCCCGACUGGCCCACCAACUCUAGACAUCGUUCCUACCAGCCCGACUCACCCACCAACUCCAGAAAUCGUUCCUACCAGCCCGACUCGCCCACCAACUCCAGACAUCGUUCCUACCAGCCCGACUUGCCCACCAACUCCAGACAUGGUUCCUACCAGCCCGACUCGCCCACCAACUCCAGAAAUCGUUCCUACCAGCCCGACUGGCCCACCAACUCCAGUCAUCGUUCCUACCAGCCCGACUGGCCCACAAACUCCAGACAUCGUUCCUACCAGCCCGACUGGCCCACAAACUCCAGACAUCGUUCCUACCAGCCCGACUCGCCCACAAACUCCAGACAUCGUUCCUACCAGCCCGACUCGCCCACCAACUCCAGACAUCGUUCCUACCAGCCCGACUGGCCCACCAACUCCAGACAUCGUUCCUACCAGCCCGACUCGCCCACCAACUCCAGACAUCGUUCCUACCAGCCCGACUCGCCCACAAACUCCAGACAUCGUUCCUACCAGCCCGACUCGCCCACAAACUCCAGACAUCGGUCCUACCAGCCCGACUCGCCCACCAACUCCAGACAUCGCUCCUACCAGCCCGACUCGCCCACCAACUCCAGACAUCGUUCCUACCAGCCCGACUGGCCCACCAACUCUAGACAUCGUUCCUACCAGCCCGACUCACCCACCAACUCCAGACAUCGUUCCUACCAGCCCGACUCGCCCACCAACUCCAGAAAUCGUUCCUACCAGCCCGACUCGCCCACCAACUCCAGUCAUCGUUCCUACCAGCCCGACUGGCCCACAAACUCCAGACAUCGUUCCUACCAGCCCGACUCGCCCACCAACUCCAGACAUCGUUCCUACCAGCCCGACUCGCCCACAAACUCCAGACAUCGUUCCUACCAGCCCGACUCGCCCACCAACUCCAGACAUCGUUCCUACCAGCCCGACUGGCCCACCAACUCCAGACAUCGUUCCUACCAGCCCGACUCGCCCACCAACUCCAGACAUCGUUCCUACCAGCCCGACUCGCCCACAAACUCCAGACAUCGUUCCUACCAGCCCGACUCGCCCACCAACUCCAGACAUCGUUCCUACCAGCCCGACUCGCCCACCAACUCCAGACAUCGUUUCUACCAGCCCGACUCGCCCACCAACUCCAGACAUCCCCGACUCACCCAGCAACUCCCGAAUCGUUCCUACCAGCCCGACUCACCCACAAACUCCAGACAUCGUUCCUACCAGCCCGACUUACCCACCAACUCCAGACAUCGUUCCUACCAGCCCGACUCACCCACCAACUCUAGACAUCGUUCCUACCAGCCCGACCCCCCACCAACUCUAGACAUCGUUCCUAUCAGCCCGACUCGCCCACCAACUCCAGACAUCGUUCCUACCAGCCCGACUCACCCACCAACUCUAGACAUCGUUCCUACCAGCCCGACUCACCCACCAACUCUAGACAUCGUUCCUACCAGCCCGACUCACCCAACAACUCCAGACAUCCUUCAUACCUGCCCGACUCACCCACCAACCCGACUCGUUCCUACCAGCCCGACCCCUCCCAACUCCAGACAUCGUUCCUACCAGCCCGACUCACCCACCAACUCUAGACAUUGUUCCUACCAGCCCGACUCACCCACCCGACUCACCCAGCAACUCCCGAAUCGUUCCUACCAGCCCGACUCACCCACAAACUCCAGACAUCGUUCCUACCAGCCCGACUUACCCACCAACUCCAGACAUCGUUCCUACCAGCCCGACUCGCCCACCAACUCCAGACAUCGUUCCUACCAGCCCGACUCGCCCACAAACUCCAGACAUCGUUCCUACCAGCCCGACUCGCCCACAAACUCCAGACAUCGGUCCUACCAGCCCGACUCGCCCACCAACUCCAGACAUCGCUCCUACCAGCCCGACUCGCCCACCAACUCCAGACAUCGUUCCUACCAGCCCGACUGGCCCACCAACUCUAGACAUCGUUCCUACCAGCCCGACUCACCCACCAACUCCAGACAUCGUUCCUACCAGCCCGACUCGCACACCAACUCCAGAAAUCGUUCCUACCAGCCCGACUCGCCCACCAACUCCAGACAUCGUUCCUACCAGCCCGACUGGCCCACAAACUCCAGACAUCGUUCCUACCAGCCCGACUCGACCAACUCCAGACAUCGCCCGACUCGCCCACAAACUCCAGACAUCGUUCCUACCAGCCCGACUCGCCCACCAACUCCAGACAUCGUUCCUACCAGCCCGACUCGCCCACCAACUCCAGACAUCGUUUCUACCAGCCCGACUCGCCCACCAACUCCAGACAUCGUUCCUACCAGCCCGACUGACCCACCAACUCUAGACCCACCAACUCACCAGAACUCCCGAUCGUUCCUACCAGCCCGACUCGUUCCUACCACACUCCAGCAACUCGCAACUCCCGAAAACCAGACAUCGUUCCUACCAGCCCGACUCACCCACCAACUCCUACCAGCCCGACUCAUCGUUCCUACCAGCCCGACUGGCCCACAAACUCCAGACAUCGUUCCUACCAGCUCCCAACUCCAGACAUCGUUCCCAGCCCGACUCGCCCACCAACUCCAGACAUCGUUCCUACCAGCCCGACUCGCCCACCAACUCCAGACAUCGUUCCUACCAGCCCGACUGACACCAGCCCGACUCCAGACAUCGUUCCUACCAGCCCGACUCACCCACCAACAUCUUCCUACCAGACAUCGUUCCUACCAGCCCGACUCACCCACCAACUCUAGACCCCUACCAACUCUAGACAUCGUUCCUAUCAGCCCGACUCGCCCACCAACUCCAGACAUCGUUCCUACCAGCCCGACUCACCCACCAACUCUAGACAUCGUUCCUACCAGCCCGACUCACCCACCAACUCUAGACAUCGUUCCUACCAGCCCGACUCACCCAACAACUCCAGACAUCCUUCAUACCUGCCCGACUCACCCACCAACUCUAGACAUCGUUCCUACCAGCCCGACCCCUCCCAACUCCAGACAUCGUUCCUACCAGCCCGACUCACCCACCAACUCUAGACAUUGUUCCUACCAGCCCGACUCACCCAGUAACUCCAGAAUCGUUCCUACCAGCCCGACUCACCCACCAACUCUAGACAUCGUUCCUACCAGCCCGACCCCUCCCAACUCCAGACACCGUUCCUACCAGCCCGACUCACCCACCAACUCUAGACAUUGUUCCUACCAGCCCGACUCACCCAGCAACUGCAGAAUCGUUCCUACCAGCCCGACUCACCCACCAAGUCCAGACAUCGUUCCUACGAGCCCGACUCACCCACCAAGUCCAGACAUCGUUCCUACCAGCCCGACUCACCCACCAACUCCAGACAUCGUUCCUACCAGCCCGACUCACCCACCAAAUCUAGACAUCGUUCCUACCAGCCCGACCCCUCCCAAUUCUAGACAUCAAACGCGUAUCUUAUCAUUACCUCUUCUUAAAAAAAAAAUCUUUGGUACUGCCGAAAACGCGGACUCGUAUGAAAACCAGAAACAAAGCAAAGCCGACAUCUACUGGUGUGUGGAUUACGCGAAGUGCCACGUAGAUAUCCCCUCGCACCAGGAGACAGACCUAGCACUGGAUUCAGAUAAGGAAUUUAUUAGCUGA